ACUGCAACUUGCCAGUAUUUUGAAAAGCGACGAGGACUUGCACUUGGAAUUGUUUCAACAGGUUCUAGCGUUGGAACCUUUAUAUAUGCAAGCCUGCAGAAAGAGUUGAUAUCUAUCUAUGGAAUAGAUGGGUGUUUGCUGAUCGUUGGGGCUCUGUCAUUGAAUAUAUUGGCAUGUGGCAUUCUGAUGAGGCCAUUGCCACAAGUAUCAAGCAACAGAAAAGAGAAAGCAGACAAAGAGAGAGCUCCAGAUACCUACCUCAUUUAUCAUGAAAAAGAACUCAACACUGAGGAACAGCUGGGGAUGCUUGUGAAAUCCCACACAUUAAAUGAG